GGCAUCCCGAAACUUCGGGUGAGAAUACAAGGUUGAGGAAAAGAUGGCGAAUAUUUGAAGCUGGCAGACAAACUUCUUGAAGCUGGCGGACGCAAAUUUUGCAUCAACUUGAGAUUAGCAAGUACGAUGCGGGAUGAUGAACCACCCCCACUGGAAGAUAUGACAGGGCUAUUGCAGAAAAUGCACAUGGGCACUAAUCAGGGAUCUGCUGGAACCAUUUGCCCCACAUCACAUCAAAAGCCUUCAGAAGAGGACGUGCACAAUGUCCCGAAGAAGAUCCUAAGGCGUACAGAAGAUAAGACAACGUUAGUGGCCAUUGAGGCAAGUAAUCCAGUCUUGAUCACCACAAAUAUACCUAAAGCAGAGCCGCCCCCUCCAUCCAAGCCUCUGAAACCUUUCAAGAGGGGAUUUCUGAAUGCCCCCUUGAACCAAGCGAAACUGAAAGAGAAGAAGACGGUGAAAGAGGAAAUCCCCUUGAUCCGGCCAACAAAACCCAAGGGACAACACAGUGAUAUUCCAGAGUUUUUGCGCGUGCAAGACUCAGACAGGAUCGCACUCCAGAAAGAGAUAAGAGACAUGCUUGAACCCACACAAGAACUGGUCAAGGAUGUGAUGGAGACUACCGACAUAAAGAAUGGCCUCGAAGAUCCUGAGAUUAUGGCAGCUGUAUCAGAAAUCGCUGGAAACCCAGAUGCAAUGCUCAAAUACAAGCACAACAAGAAGGUCACCGCGUUCUACAACCAGCUAGGGAUAUUACUAAAAGACCGCAUGAACGAGCAGGAUAAGGUUGCUGCUACAAAAGAGAAGCGAAAUACCAAACCGAAAUGAUUCACCCCAUGUAAUAUACAAGCAAUCAAUUUUUCAA